AUGUGGCGCGCGUUGACGUGCGCGCUGGCGGCGCUGGGGGCGGUGCACGCGCUGCAGCCGAGAUGCGAAGAGAUCACGAUACCCAUGUGCCGCGGCAUUGGGUACAACCUUACCUCCUUCCCGAACGCUUUGGACCAUGACACGCAAGAGGAGGCCGGACUUGAGGUGCAUCAGUAUUGGCCCCUCGUAGAAAUCAAAUGCUCAGCUGACUUGAAGUUCUUUUUGUGCUCAGUCUACACACCGAUAUGUAUAGAGGACUACGCAAAGCCGCUGCCCGCUUGUCGAAGUGUAUGCGAAAGAGCGCGAGCUGGAUGUGCACCACUUAUGCAAAAAUAUGGCUUCCAAUGGCCGGAACGAAUGGCUUGCGAGAAACUUCCACGGCUAGGGGACCCCGACCACCUGUGUAUGGAAGAGAACGACCGCGCCCAAGAACCAGAACCACCCCGGCCGCCGCCCCGACGGCCGUACAAAAAAGAUUGUAAGGAUCCAAAAAACUGCGAAAGCGGCCCGGUUGCAAGUCCGGGCGAGGGAAGCGACGAAUGCGCGUGCGCGUGUCGCCCGCCGCUGGUCAGCGUGCGAACGCUACACAACGCGAGCGCCACCACCGCCGGCGUGCCCGGCUGCGCGCUGCCGUGCCGCGGCGCCUUCUUCACGCGGGAGGAGAAGGAGUUCGCGGCGGUGUGGGUCGCGCUGUGGGGCGGCCUCUGCGCGGCAAGCACGCUAAUGACUCUCACCACCUUCCUCAUAGACUCCCAGAGGUUUAAGUACCCGGAGCGGCCAAUAGUCUAUCUCUCCGCGUGCUACUUCAUGGUGGCUCUGGGCUACCUCGCGAGACUUGCCAUCGGGCACGAUGAAGUCGCUUGUGACGGCGCUUUGCUCAAAACAUCUGCGAAUGGGCCUAGCGCGUGUACACUAGUCUUCAUACUAGUUUACUUCUUCGGAAUGGCCUCCUCGAUUUGGUGGGUGGUGUUAUCAUUCGCGUGGUUUCUAGCCGCGGGCUUAAAAUGGGGAAACGAGGCGAUCGCCGGUCACGCCCAGUAUUAUCAUCUUGCCGCGUGGCUAGUUCCGGCCGCUAAAACUGUAGCUGUACUGCUCGCCGGCGCUGUUGACGGAGAUCCAGUGGCCGGAGUAUGCUAUGUAGGAAACACAUCAUCAGAAAACCUAAAGAAAUACGUGCUGGCGCCGUUAAUAGUAUACUUCGCACUCGGCGCGACGUUCCUGCUCGCUGGGUUCGUGUCACUGUUCAGGAUUCGUUCAGUGAUCAAGCGGCAGGGCGGCAUCGGCGCCGGCUCCAAAGCGGACAAACUCGAGAAGCUCAUGAUUCGAAUCGGUGUAUUUAGCGUCUUGUACGCGGUACCCGCGGGCGUCGUGAUCGGCUGCCUGGCGUAUGAGGCCGGCGGCCGCGAGAUGUGGCUCCGGAGAGUUGCGUGCGGCGCCAACUGCGGCCCGACGCCGCUGUACUCCGCCCUCAUGCUGAAGUACUUCAUGGCGCUCGCCGUGGGCAUCACCUCAGGGGUAUGGAUCUGGUCGGGGAAGACCCUGGAGUCGUGGAGGCGCGUGUGGCGCGGCGGCCGGGCUCCGCCCCCGGCGCACCGCGCGCUGGUGAAGGGCGCCGUC